CCUGGGCCUCCGCCCGGGAGGAGGGUCUGAGCGGGCCUGGUGGGACUGGCGCGGCUGCUUUUCGCUCAGGUUGGGCCGGGCGAGUAUGGAGCAGGGGCUUUCCGCCAUAACUCUUUACUGCGCUCCAGCCGCUGUCGCCGUCACCGCCUGCGCUAUGGACCAAGAGCAGCUGCAUGCAAAUGGUGAUAGAGGCUUUGAGAAUGUGGAACUUGGUGUCAUAGGGAAAAAGAAGAAAAUUCCAAGGAGGGUCAUUCACUUUGCAAGUGGUGAAACCAUGGAGGAAUUCAGCACAGAUGAAGAGGAAGAUGAGCAGCAGGAGAAGAAAGACCUCUUGCCUUCUGUUGAUCCAGCAACACUUACUUGGGGGCCUUAUUUGUGGUUUCAGAUGCUAAGAGUUGCUACAUCAACACUAUCAGUGUGUGACUUCCUUGGUGAAAAAAUUGCCUCUGUUUUGGGAAUCAGUACACCAAAAUACCAGUAUGCUAUCGAUGAGUACUAUAGAAUGAAGAAGGAGGAGGAAGAAGAGGAGGAGGAGAACAAGAUGUCAGAGGAAGCAGAAAGAAGGUUUCAGGAGCAGCAGAACCAGAGUCAAGAAGGGACUGUUGUUCAGACAGCCCAGCCAGAGGCUACAGCUUGCAGUACAUUUGUGAAUCUUAACUUUGAAACUGAAGGAGAUUGUCUGCCUGUUGUGGAAAGUAAACAAGAUAUUACUCCAGUGUCUGCUUAGAAUGAAGAUGUUGUAUAACAUUUCUUAAAUUGUCAGAAGUGUGCAGGUUCCAUUAUGCAUGUUCAGUGCAAAGUAAUUUAUUUUAAAGUAUGGAAAAGGGAUCACUAUUAAUGCCUCUUCAGCCAACAUCUGUCUAAUAAAGGCUAAGACACUUUGCUUAACCUGUUAGAUUAUGAAAUGCAAAUAACUGGGUCCUAAACUGACCUUUCUAUGCAGAACAAGUAAAAUGUCUUUCCUGAACAUCUGGUGCCUUGUUGACAGUUGUGGACUGAUACUUGUGCUUCUGUAUGGUUUGUUAUAUAUUUAUAAGAUUACUUAUCAAAAAUCCUGGUGGACGUUUCUUAAACUAACUGGAACUAACUCACAAGGUAUCUUUGUGACUUAGUUUAAUUCAUUGUCAUUAUUGCAUGGGCAUGUCCUUCCCUGCAAUUUUACAUACGGUGUCAAUGUUAAUGCCUGUUAGACUAAAAUACUUGUCCAAACCUGUCUCUCUACAGUCAUGUUAGAAAGUUUCCUAGGUGAAGAAGCCUAAUGCACAGACUAUUCAGUUAAUUGGCCAAUCUCUGGCUUUACUGAGUGUGCUGAUAGUAUUUCAGGAUUCAGAAGGCUUGAUAAUUAAUUUUUCUACAUGAAGAUUUUCUGUAUUGAGGAUGGUAUGCUAUUAAGCUUCAUGAGAAGUAAAUGUUCAGCUAAUAGCAUUUAACUUGAAUGAGUUUUCAGGUUUAUCUCCACUAUUCUGAGUUUAAAAACAGACUCAUGUACAGAAGUACCUGAUCUGAAAAGUUUUUUAAAAAGAUGUUCAGAAACUGUCUACUGUGAGAAUAGGGGAAGGUUUUCUAGCUAGAAAUGUCUUCUUCACCCUAAUAGAGGGCCAUUAAAAAUCUACAGUAGUUUCUGUGGUGAACUUUUCUGUAGGACAAUCUGAACUAGUUGUCAUAAAUAUCAGUAGCACAAAUGUUUGUAGCAGGCCAGGAUUCAAAGAACUAUGUGCAUGUGCCAUAAAGGGAUGUCCUCAACAAAACUGCCUCCACAAGCACUUUCUGGCUAAAGCUGCUAACUUUAAUAGUUCAAAAUCCCCCCAUCCAUGUUGAACCCCUUUCUUAAAAGCUUUUACCUUUGCAUAAACUAGCUAAGACAUUGAAAUAAAUUAUGUCGUAUCAGUCAAUUCUGCCAUCGUCCACAUGGAAAAACUCUUCCAGUACCAGCUAGAAAAACAAAGAUACAGAACACGAAUACUUUUCUUCAGUGCCCUUAUUAGGUUUGUGAAUGGAAGGAAAAGUUCAAGUCUCGUCUGGCAUUCUAAGUUUUCCAUAGUUUUAGAAUCUGUUAAAAUAGAGAUCAUCUGAACCUUUUAAAUAUUAAAGUGUACUUCCAUUUUGGAUUAGAGAAUCAUGGUAUCAGUUGUAAAUGUAAAACAUACUGUCAGAAUCUCUGUAGAGUAUGAAAAGUUCCUAAAGCUUCUCCAUUAAUAUUGAAGCCUUUUGAUUUCUCUUGUCUGUAAUUCCUGUGAGCCAAAAAUGUUUUUGCUAUAUUGAAUGGAGAAGGGCUUAUUGUCAUGAGGUUCUUCCAAUCACUGUGCCUUACCUUUAAUAUUUCUUUCAGUUAUAUGCAAAUAGUAUAAAGUGGGUACUUUUCUUGCAAAUGCAUUAAAUUUCUAUAUUUAAUAUAAUUUUCAAUUCCAGUUGAGUUCAGAGUUGUUAUUGUAGGACUAGCAAAGGUUCAUUUUGAGCACAGCAGGUGCAGAUGUCAUUAGAAAGACCCAGUAGUAGUUGCUGGAUUUCUGACAUUGCCUGGAAGGCCGUUAAGAUUUUUCUGAGUCCCAGCUCCAAGCUCCUAUAAUCUCAAAGCUGGGAUGCUGAAGGCCAAGCCCCUCCUUGCAGUCUGAUGAAAAGUACUGUGCAAAUUGCCCCUCCCUCAGGCACAACUGGGCCUUGAAGCAGGAAAAAGGGGGCAGGUCAGGGCAGGAGAAGAGACUGGGUCUGCAGACAUAUACCAGUUGGCAUCCCAACCUCCUGUUGCUCUCCCUCAUGCUAAGUCAAAAUGACUGAAGAUGGCCAUCUACCUAAUUUUUCUGAUCUUUACAUUUUAAGAGGCUGAUAAGCAUCUGCCAAGUGGGCAAUAUGCAUGCACCCUGAGUUUAAUAAUAUUUAUUCCCAGGUAAAUGUAUACAAGAUUGCAGUAUUUUCUUCUAGGAACUUACCAUUCUUUUAGUAUAUGUAUCCUCACAUAUUGAGACACUGAUGCUGUUUGAAGCCUUGUGUAUUUGUGGAUUUGCAAAAUUAAUAAAGAGUUAAAGAUGCUGAUCUGGAGCAUUUA